CCACACAAAUAAAACACUUGCUCAGCACAGUUUGUCGCUUCAUUCUGCUUGCAACUUUGCCCUCUGAGCGGCGCUGUGGGGCUGCCUCCUAGUGGGCGGGGCCUGUGUGUAUAAAAGCGCAGGGCACACAUGCUGAUCCACAACUGACCUGACAUGGAUCAAAUGCCCUCAUACCAGAACUCCACUGGACCACAUGACUGGACCCAGAUCCAGGAUGUGGUCCAGUGGGCCCAGAUGCUCGUGUCUCUGCUCAGCGCACUCGCCUCCGCCUCCAUCAUCUCCUGCAUGAUGUCCCAGCGACCAGACGGGAACACGGCUGAGCUGCAGGCGCCGCUCCUGCUUGCUGCCUCCGACCUGCUGCUCGCCCUCUGCUGGCUGCUAGGGGGCGCCCUGGGGUCUCAGCGAUGCCUCGUCCGGGACCACCUUCACAUGGCCCGGCAGGUUGUGUGCAUGGCGUCCUUCUUCUACACACUCAACUACGUGUGGAGCGUCUACGCCAACCUGCGCCUCAGGUUCUCCUUCGGCCCACAGCAACACCUUGGACAGAGAGUCCCGGCCGCCAAGAUGACGGCGCUGCUUUGUGGCGUGCUCCCGGUCAUCCUGAUGGCGCCCGUGUACAUCCAAGGACGCGUCGGCCGGUGUGACGCCAACUGCAGCGACUUGUACAGGGGUCUGCUGAUGCUUCCUGUCGCCGCUCGGCAGCCGGGCAGAGCCUGCCUGGUGCUGCGCGUCUACUCUGGCGCCAUCUUCCUCGCCGCCUUCUUCCUUACGUUGGUUGGCAUGAUGAUAAUCAUGGGAAAAGCUCGUCAUGUUUACCGGCGAGUCGUGAUGUCAUAUGGUUACCUUGGCAACCAGCAGCGGGCCUCAUUCCGUUGGCUGGACUUUCGGAUGCUGGCGUUCCCACUCGUCUUCGCCCUCUGCUGGGGACCUGCGGCGUGUCUGGUGAUGAUGUCAUCGAGGAACGCGAGCUCGGCCUCUGCGGUGGUCUACGUCAUUCAGGCCUUCACGUCGCCGUCCCAGGGCGUCUUCCAUAGCGUGCUGCUGGCGUGCGCCCGCGCGCGGGGGAGGGGCCGGCUGGCGUGGCGGGACGCCAACACUCAGACGCCGUUGCUGCGAGCGCAGAAGAGAAACUACCGCACCUGGCUGUGAUGUUAUCACUUCCACUUUGGGUGGGCGGGGGAUGCCCGCUGACAAAAGGAAGUACGCCGCAGGAAAGGAGAAGUGGACAAAGGUCACAUGAGACCAAAAUGUUUGGAAAGUUCUAGAAGAACCACUUGACUCAUCACGGUAUUAAAGGUAAAUAUUAUUUUC